AACGUGAAGGCACGAUGCCUAUUGUAGAUAAGCCAGACUCUGCCCUAUGGAACUCCGGGUUGAACAUCGCGUUGACCCCAUAAGCACCGUCACGACUAGCACUUGGCACGAGAGGACUCAUCGCAUCAUGCAAGAAGGUCUGACAAACGCCAGUGUGUUGCACGGGGCUGAGAUGGACUUAAGGGUGGACGUACGAGGAUAUAAACCUGCGAUGCGUGCAGAGACGCCAGAACAGCAACCAGCACUGACUACCUCCUGCCUAUUACUUUCAAAGCAAUUGUGAAUACUCUCUAGUCGCUAUCUCCCACUUCUUCGACUCACACAACCAACAACCGUCCCGAUGUCGUACCUAUUCCGGCAUUCGUCGGUAGGAACUGCUCUACACUACAUCCGCCAUCGCAACUUCGACUUCUCUCGUAGCAAAGCCAAACCACUAUCGCCCUCCUCCUCGAGUGACGACGUGUCUGCGGCUGUCGCUGCAGAUAGCAUCAUCGGUGCCGAACUCAAACACGAACAGAGUACGACUCUCGUUGAUUGGGAUAGUCCUGAUGAUCCUAGCAACCCCCAAAAUUGGCCAAUGAGGGACAGGGUCCUCAUGACCACUCUCAUCGCCCUCUACACGUUUGCUGUAUACGUUGGCUCGUCCAUUUACUCGCCGUCCCAAGAAGCGGUACAAGAGGUCUUCCACAAGUCACAUGUGGAAGGCUCGUUGGGCCUCGCUCUGUACGUGCUAGGAUACGGCAUAGGAUGUCUACUCUUCUCGCCCUUAUCAGAGAUUCCGGCCGUGGGGCGAAAUCCACCUUACGCAAUCUCCGGAUUUCUCUUCGUCAUCCUCUGCAUUCCAACUGCACUCGUGAACAACUACCCUGGCCUGAUGAUACUGCGGUUCCUGCUUGGUUUUAUGGCAUCGCCAUGCUUGGCUACUGCUGGAGCGUCUCUGGCCGAUGUCUGGAACAUGUCCGAGUUUCCUUUCGCUGUAGCACUGUGGGCUGCUACCGCAACCAUGGGACCUGCUCUUGGUCCUACACUCUCGUCUUAUGCCGUCCGCGAUCUGGGUUGGAGAUUCUCAGCCUGGGAGCUCAUGAUCAUUGCUGGCCCCAUCUAUAUCCUGAUGCUUUGCAUGCUGCCUGAGUCUUCGGCACCUACGAUUCUCUACUACAAAGCGAAGCGCCUCCGCGAAGAGACAGGGAACCAGAAUCUUAUGUCUGAAGCAGAGAAGAAGCAGAACAACCUGAAGGCCUCCAGCCUCUUGUUUGAUGCCUUGAUUAAGCCUUGGGAGAUCAAUGCCCUCGACCCCGCAAUUCUUUUCACCACAGUUUACAUGGGACUGUGUUACGGUACAUACUACUCCUUCUUCGAGUCUCUGCCUCUUGUAUACCCGGUUAUGUACAAUUUCUCCGCUGAGAGCACCGGCCUCGUGUUCCUCGUUGUCGCACCAGCGGGUCUCCUUGCAUUCACUGUCCACUGCAUCUAUCUCAAGUAUAGAUGUUUCCCCCGCUUGAUCAACGGCACCUUUGGAGAGCUUGAGAACCACCUGCUGCCUGGCUUGUUCGCGAGUCCUAUCAUCUGCAUUGGCCUCUUCAUAUUUGCAUGGACAGCUCGUUCGUCGGUACACUGGAUAGUCUCUGUCCUGGGACUUGGUUUCACAAUCUUUGGAAUCUACUUCGUUGCUCAAAGUGUCCUGCUCUACAUUCCCAACAUCUACCCUCGAUACGCCGCUAGCAUCUUCUCGGCCAACAGUCUGUCAAGGAGCUCGUUUGCUUUCGCAGCAGUACUCUUUUCUAGACCCAUGUUCCGGGCAAUCGGCAUCGAUGGAGGCGUCAGUCUGCUCGGUGGUUCUAUGGUCCUGUGUACCAUCGGUAUGUGGGUGCUAUUCAAAUAUGGCAAGAGUAUGCGGGAAAGGAGUAGGUUUGCUGUUGCUUAGAGGAUGCCCCGACUGGAAUGAAUAACGGAAAUGACGCAAAUUGCAUGUAGAACAGAUUUAGACAUAGACUUAGACUCAGACUGAUCGUAAUCCAACAACACUUUUUCUCUGAACAAUA